AUGGCUGACACGGACUCAACCCCCAUUGACCCGUCAAAAUUACGCAACCUCAAGAUCAAAACGGGUGUUGUAAAGCGGUACACAAAGGAAAAGUUAAGCUAUGAAAAAGAGGUCACGAUGCAACAGGACAAGAUUAAGAAAUUUGAGGAGGAAGGAAAGGACGAGUAUUUCAUGAAACAACAGGUCAACUCACUUCGAGAAUCGGAGCUCAUGGUUCCAGACACCCAGAGGAGGUUGGCCCAAGCCCACAAGGAGUUGAUGGAAAUGACAUCGGAUGAAGGCGAAUGGGGUACAACCGAGGAGUAUAAAUCUGCUAUUGAAGUCUUGAAGGAAGCUGAGCCUCAUCUUCCAUCAACUUCCAUUCCAUGA